UUGGUCAGAAGUUAUUUUACUUAUUCAAAAACUUUAUUUUUUAUUUAAAUAUAGCACAUUAGGUUAUGUAACAUAAAAAUGAGAAAAAAGUGAACACUACACUUAAAUCCCGUAUAAUUAAUUACUAUUAUGAGUGCUUCAAACUCUUCAGGGCAAGUAAAGCCAGAAUUUUCAGUCAGAAUAGUCGUCUGCGACCAUUACUUGACGAAGCCGACGCCGGGGGUGGAUGUCAUCUACUCAGAAUUCAGAGGAUCCGAUAUAAAACAGGUCCCAGUGUUGAGGAUAUUUGGGCCAGCACCAGAUGGCCACAAAGCAUGUCUGCACGUCCACGGUGUGUUCCCAUACUUCUAUGUACCAUGCCCCACUCCCAACCCAGAACCACAGUUUCUGUAUCAACUAGCAGCAAGUCUGGACAAAGCUUUGAAUAUUGCAUUGAAGCAGGCAACAUCUGCUAACCAACAUGUCUACAAAAUAUCUCUUGUGAAGGGGCUCCCCUUUUAUGGGUUUCAUGAUAAGGACCAUCUAUACCUAAAGGUAUUUCUAUACAGUCCUAACCUAAUAAAACAAGCAGUGGAGCUAUGUGCUAAUGGGGCAAUCCUAGGGCAAACCUUCCAACCACAUGAGUCCCACCUUAACUUCACUCUGCAAUUCUUCAUAGACUUCAAUCUAUUUGGCAUGAGCAAUAUCGACUUGCAAACGGUCAGAUUCCGAAGAUCAGGCAUUUCACAGAACAGCAACGAUCCUGUUGAUGAAACUACAGAAUUCAAUUUAAAACCUGAAAGCAUUUGCUACUAUGAAGCAGAUUGUGUUGCAUCUCACAUCAUCAACAGACAGAGAGUAGGUAAAGGCGAUGGAAUUGAAAACCCAGGCCUUGAAGAGGUCUGGCAGCAAGAGAUGGAAAGGAGAAAACAGUUGAAUGUAUCAAUGGCUUCGAAAUCUCUAUCUCAAGGGAGAAUAGAUACGGAACAGACCGAAUCUCACUACAAAUUCGAACAAAUGAUUCUUGUUAAACUGUCAGGGUUAAUUGAUAAACCUGUGGAAAUUGAGAGAAGUAAAGAGGAGGUACACUACCCUGCAGAGAGCUUAGAAGACUCUCAGUUGUUCAAUGCAGUAGAUGUUAGCGUGCAUCUGCCUGAAAGGUCAAAAGGAAUGAGUUUGUCGGAUAGUAUGCGAAGGGAUUUAGACGAGACAUUAACAGAGGACGCCGAUAAUACCCUAGUAGAUGAAUCGUUGGCUCUGAACUGUAGUCUUUCACUGCAUUAUAGUCAAGUUCUCUUGGAUAAUGAAGACUUAGAGCUAGUGGAUAUGCUACAAGACAUGGACGAGAAGCCAGUAGAAGAAGACAGCGUUAUGACAACACCGGCCGAUGCAGAUGGCGAUGCAAACGUCGAAGAAGACGACGCUGAAUACUCACAAGUCUUCCAUGAUGAUACUUUACUUUUGGAACCAGAUAACAGUAAAGAUGAUGAUAAUCAAAGUUCCCCAUCAUGGAACGACUCUUUCUGGGAAGGAGCAAAUAUUCCGCAAUUAGAUGGAACAUGUGAUGAUGACCAUGUCAAGAAAGUAAGGAAAAGAAAAAUGAGACCUUUCAAGCUUGGAUUGGCAAGACCUAAAAGUAAGAAAAAAGUUGUAGUUGCAGAACAAGAAGUUAGCACAGACCUAGAAAUCAAACCUGAAGACAGUGAUCUAGAUGAAAUAAAUGCUUCAAGAGACACAAUAGACAGCAUAUCAGACUUGCAUCUUAAAAGAACAGUUAAGAAAGAAGUUCACAGUGUUGUUGAAAACUCAGAAACGAAUGUUAGUAUAGAUGAUGAUGAAUCAAAUGAAUCAAUAAUGGAUUUAGUAAAUAAAAUAACAGUGAAACAUGAACACGCAAAGCUAGAGGUGGCAGAAAAGUACGAUUUAGAAAACCAGCUUGAAGCUGUAGCUGGACCAUCAAAGGUUAAUAUAGAUACUGAUAUUAAUAGGACAUUUACUGAAUCUUUGAAUAAUUCUUAUGAAUCAACUCCAGAAGAUAAUAAAGGCAUCGUAAGUUUUUAUGAUAUGUCCAAAAUGUUUGAUCUCUCGUUAGACGAAAAAAAACCUGAUAGUAUGGAAUUGUCUUUUGAAAAUCCUAUAGAUAUAAAUAUGUCUAUUGUUGAGGAGCAAAAAAUCAAUUUAGAAACAAAAUCAGAAUUCGAUUUUAGAGACAUUCUAUCGUCGCGAAGGUUCAGCGGCCCACCUCAAACAAAUAGUCCGAAAAUUCUUACUCCUAGAAUUAGACCACCGUCAAAGGCUUAUGUUGAAUCCCUUCUACAUAAGUACAACAUACCGAAAGUAAAAAAUCCCGAACCUUAUUAUUCCGACCAUAAAGACGUUGGUGAUAAAGUAGAGGUAGGUCAAAUGGUUCUAAAGUUACAAAGUCAACUUGCCAAGGACCAAAAACCUUUGGAAAGGGUACUGGAUACAACAAGUAUAGAAGAAUGGCGACAGUUAAUGUUCUUACAGACAAAUGAAAUGAUUGAGCAGUCUGCAAAACCGGAUGCACUAAAAAAAAUAUUGGCGGGUAACAGACAGUGCGUGUUAGAACCUGUCAAAAGACCUCCAACUUCUAACGAAGUGAAGAAAUGGGUUCAAAACAAUCAAAAUAAAACUCAGAAAGAAAAUAUCAAAACUGAUGAUACUGAAAUAAGCAAGAAUAUCGAUGAACUGGACAAUUCGCAAGCAAUCGGUCUAAAUGAAGAUGAGAUAAAUAGCAGUAUAAGUUUAGAAGCCAAUGAGAAACCUGAAAAAAGCGGUCUUAAUACCAGUCUGCAGGUGUCCAUGCAGCCAGAUGGUUCGUUUCUAUGUUUUGGGAACAGUGAGAGUCAGAAGGAAAAUAGUCCUGACACUGCUACAGUUGAGGUUGAUUUUCUCACAGUGAUGGUGAUAGAGGUCCUCGCUUCAGUACGAGGAGAACUACACCCGAAUCCGUUAUUAGACCCUGUUCAAGCUGUAUUUAUUAAGGUCACAAAUGAUUGCCCGCCUAACCAUUUCUUAGCAAAAUCUACAAUUGAAAUUAUCGUUGUUGAUAAUAAUGAAAUUCCGCCUAAGUUAGAUAGAUGUGUAUUUAAUAAAGUUACUUAUGUAAAUAAUGAAAAUGAAUUACUUGAAAGAGUUAUAGAGUUAGUCAAGAAGCAUGACCCCGAUAUUAUGUGCGGGUAUGAAAUAGAAAUGAGUUCUUGGGGAUAUAUCUUAGAAAGAUCGCAAGUUCUUGGUCUUGAAAUCGUGAAGGAAGUGUCAAGAAUAACAGAGAAGUAUAGACAGAAGCGCUGGAGAAGCGAAGAGAAUGAUUUCGAAGGAAGAAUAAUAGGUAGAAUCAUGUUCAAUGUUUGGCGAUUACUUCGUUACGAACUAGCGUUGUCGAGUUAUAGCUUUGAGAAUUGCAUGUAUGAGAUAAUGAAGGAAAGAGUUCCAAAGUACAGCUAUGCUCAGUUGUUUGAGUGGUGGAAUCAUGAGUCUAGAAUGCUAAGGUGGAUCCCUGUGGAGUACUAUUUGACUAGACUGUCUGGAACAGUCAGGAUGUUAGAGAAACUGGAUAUUAUAAAUCGGACAUCAGAAUUGGCAAGACUAUUUGGCAUGCAGUGGUGGGAGGUACUUUCGAGAGGGUCCCAGUUCAGAGUAGAGUCUCUGAUGCUGCGAGCAGCGAGGCCUCUCAACCUCGUGGCUCUUUCGCCGACUGUGAAGCAAAGAGCUGCUAUGAAGGCCCCUGAGUGCUUGCCGCUUAUUUUUGAACCAGAAUCACGUUUCUACUCUGAUCCAGUGAUAGUCCUCGACUUCCAAAGCCUCUACCCAUCCAUGAUGAUUGCAUAUAACUACUGUUUCUCAACGUGCAUUGGCCGCGUGCAAAACAUAAAUGGCGAUGCCUCAUACGAAUUUGGGGCUUGGCGUCUUCGGAUACCUAAAUCCAAGCUCGAAACCCUAGUCAAGAACGGGCUGGUGAACUGGUCACCCGUGGGGGUGGGGUUCGUGAAGCCUUCGGUCCGACGAGGAGUACUGCCAGCGCUGUUGCGACGCAUCCUGGCGGCAAGGCAGGCUGUCAAGAAAGGCAUGAAGCUGCAGACUGAUGAGGGAGUCAAGAAGGCCAUGCACUCACGGCAGUUAGGUCUGAAGUUGAUAGCGAACGUGACGUACGGUUAUACCGCGGCUAACUUCAGCGGUCGUAUGCCGUGUGUGGAGGUGGGGGACAGUGUCGUAGCUAAAGGCAGGGAGACGCUGGAGCGAGCCAUCAAGUUGGUCAAGAAUAAUAAGCAGUGGAACGCUAAAGUGGUAUACGGCGACACGGACUCGAUGUUCGUGGUGGUACCGGGCGGGACGCGCGCGGAAGCCUUCCACAUCGGCCAACAGAUCGCCGACGCCGUCACCGCCGACAACCCUUCACCCGUCGCUCUUAAGUUGGAGAAGGUAUACCAACCAUGUAUUCUACAAACCAAAAAGCGUUACGUGGGUUACAUGUACGAGAGCGCCGAUCAGGAAAAACCGGUGUACGAAGCGAAGGGCAUCGAGACCGUCAGACGAGACGGCUGUCCGGCUGGAGUUAAGCUCCUCCAAUCGUCCCUCUGCUUACUGUUCUCCUCGGGCGACAUGUCGUCGGUGAAGCAGCUGGUGUGCAGCACGCUGUCCCGACUGGCCGCUGGGGCGCUGCCGCUGCGCGAGCUGAUGUUCACGCGCGAGUACCACGGCCCCGGCGGCUACCGGCCCGGGGCUUCCGCGCCGCCCAAUGAGAUCGCCAAGCGUAUCUUGGCGCGGGACCCGCGCGCGGCCCCGCGGCCGGCGCAGCGCGUCAGCUGGGUGGUGUGCGCCGGCCCGCCGGGGGCGCCGCUCAUCAAGCUGGCCAGGGCGGAGGCCGAGCUGCUGGCGGAGCCCGGCCUGACGCCGCACGUGGCCUACUACGCCACCAGGGUGCUGCUGCCGCCGCUGCAUCGCUGCCUGUCGCUGCUGGGAGCUAACGUCUUUAAAUGGUGGAGUGCGGUGGGCCACACGCGGCCGCCCCAGCCGCGGCCCGUGGAGGGCGGGCUGGCGCGCUACCUGCAGCGGCGCCGCUGCGUCCGCUGCGGCGCGGGCGGCGCGCGCGCGCUGUGCGCCGCCUGCGCCGCCAGCACGUGCGCGCGCGCCGCGCUGCUGGCGCUGGCCGGCGCCGGCGCCGCCGGCAGGGGGGGGAUUCACGCCUGUGAUGAGAUCUGCGCAUCCUGCACGGGACACUCGCAGUACCUACAGUGUUUGAACACAGAGUGCCCCGUAAUAUGGCGCCGAGUUACCGCGAAGCAGAAGCUAGCCGAAGUGAACGAUAUCGUUCAACACUUACCGGUGCAAUUCACACACGAGACACUCGACUUUUGAAUUUAUUAAUAAUUAUGUGUUACAAAAUUUUUAUACAUCUUAAAUCAU